GGCGUGAGGCUGGCGCGGUCGCUCGGGGAGCGCGGCGCGGCUGAGCUGACCGUUUCUUUGGAGAAGAAAAACCUUAAGAUGGCAGGCAAAGGAAUUAACACAGACUGCAUGUCAUGCAGUGUACUGAACUGGGAGCAGGUCAGCCGUCUGCAUGAGGUUCUUACAGAGGUGGUUCCAAUCCAUGGACGAGGUAACUUUCCAACGCUGAAGAUAACUCUGAAGGACAUUGUUCAUACAGUUCGGAGUAGGCUGAGCGAAGCAGGCAUUGUGGUACAUGAUGUCCGUCUGAAUGGCUCUGCAGCUGGUCAUGUUCUGGUCAAGGAUAAUGGGCUGGGAUGCAAAGACCUGGAUCUCAUUUUUCAAGUUUCUCUUCCAAGUGAGGCAGAGUUUCAGUUAGUUCGAGAUGUGGUGUUGCGAUCCCUCUUGAAUUUCUUGCCAGAAGGAGUAAGCAAGCUAAAAAUCAGUCCAGUAACAUUGAAGGAAGCCUACAUCCAGAAGCUAGUCAAAGUGUACACAGAAUCUGACCGCUGGAGCUUGAUAUCGCUUUCCAACAAGCAUGGCAGGAAUGUGGAGCUGAAGUUUGUAGACUGUAUAAGGCGACAGUUUGAGUUCAGUGUGGACUCCUUCCAAAUCAUACUGGACUCCCUGCUCUUUUACUAUGACUACUCAGAAACCCCCAUGUCAGAGCACUUCCAUCCCACUGUGAUCGGGGAGAGCAUGUAUGGAGACUUUGAAGCAGCUUUUGAUCACCUCCAGAACAAGCUGAUAGCUACCAAAAAUCCUGAAGAGAUCCGAGGUGGUGGGCUUCUGAAGUAUAGUAAUCUCUUAGUACGAGACUUCAGGCCCAUGGAUAAGGAUGAGAUCAAAACAUUAGAGCGCUACAUGUGCUCCCGCUUCUUCAUAGACUUCCCAGACAUCCUGGAUCAGCAGCGCAAACUAGAGACCUACCUCCAGAACCACUUCUCCAAAGAAGAAAGGAGGAAAUAUGACUACCUCAUGAUUCUGCGCAGGGUGGUGAAUGAGAGCACAGUCUGUCUCAUGGGACAUGAGCGAAGGCAGACUCUCAACUUGAUUUCUCUGCUUGCACUCAGAGUACUGGCAGAACAGAACAUCAUCCCUAAUGCCACUAAUGUUACCUGUUACUAUCAGCCAGCACCUUACGUUAGUGAUGUCAACUUCAGCAACUACUAUCUUGCAAACGCUCCUGUGCCGUACAGCCAGUCCUACCCCACUUGGUUGCCUUGCAAUUGAUUGUUUCACCUGAGUAUUCUUGAGUGGAGGCUACUGAAAGCCAAGAUGCUGAGUAUAUAUAUAGGCAAGUAAUAGCUGUUAGUUGGAGGUUUUCUGAUGGAAACAUGACUGCAUUGGACUGUCUGUUUCCUGGUGUGCAGUAGGAAUAUGCAACCAGGUGACCUGCUAUGAACCUUUCAACAUAUUUAUCCAAAUACCAAGAAGCCUUAUUACCUCUCCAUUAGGAGAAGAGAAGCAGCAGCUGAAUGUUAAGAGGAAUAGUUACAAAACAGUACUAGCUCCAGAAGUGGCUAUUAACAUGGGAUCUAAGUGGAGUAUUCAGUAAUCUAGGUUAGUUAAUAGAGGAAAGACUGUAAAAUGUCUUCAGCAGAGCAGAAGCCACUCCUGGAAUAGCAGCAAAAUUCUGCUUUAUUGCCUAACCUCAUAACUCUACACUUCCUCAGUUCAAGUUCUGGACAAUUUUCUAUUGAAUUAGUUGUGCAAGAGUGGGCUUGUGUCAAACUUGGGCUGUUUCUGCUUUCUGACUGUGUAGAACUGGUAACUAUAUGGAUACUCUUGGUCUUGUAGAGGGCCUAAAUGUUGUUUCCUGUAGUACCUAGGGAUCUAUGGUCCUGCCUCAAAUUCAAGAUUAAUUUAUUGGAAGUUGAAGGUGGAUUAGUUAGUCCAUCUCUACAGCAUAAGCUGGCUAAAUUUUUCUUGAGUACAAAAAUUUGGAAGGUGGCAUCUCUAAAUGUGCACCAAAGCACGAUCUAAAACUUCCUAAUGUGGAAAGUCCUUGGAAUGAGGAAUUGAAGUCUUAAAUGGAAUUAGAACCACAGUUUGAAAAGCUAGGAUGGGAAAAUACUGUCAAGUCCAGGCUCAAGAUAAAGCCUUUCUGCCUGCAUCUUUCAAAACCAUUUUUGACACAGUUGGAAAGUAGCACAGCUCUUACACCGAGGUUUGGCCCAACUUUCUUCCUCAGGUCUACAGCAAUCAAAAAAAAAAAAAAAAAAAAAAAAAAUCAAUACCUUCCCCCCCCCCCCCCAAAACCGCAAACAAACUCCAAAAGCCAAAAAAAAAAAAAUCCCCAAACCACUUUGAGUUGCAGGAUGAUGUGCGUUCCUGUCACAGUAUAAAUUCCUACGUGCCUCCUAAAAUUAAUUUCUUCUUGUACAACUUCAGGCAGGUCCUGAAGGCUUGUCUUUCUGUCACCACUUAAGAGUUGAGCUUACUGGUUUAUCGCUAUCACCGGGUCACUGUACAAGAUGGUAUUUUGAGCGGUUAGAGUAAAAUUCUUCCUCUGUACUAGUCUUAACCUGCACUUGAAGAGGUAUAUAAACCCUAAGCAGAGCUCUCCACGGAGGCUGUAUGUGGUGAAAGUCUGCCCCUAUUUUCAGAAUAGCCUCUGGAAGAGUAUGUACUCCCUCGGAGGUGUAGGGUGCUGACCUUCAUAAAGGGUAUGUGCUGAACUUGCUGCUUUGAAACUCCUGUGUUUUAUAAGGAAGGUUAAAAAUUCCCUGGUUAUGUAUAUAGCUGUAUUAGAAAUUGGUAUAUUAACUGGAUGAUUUUCACUGAACUGCAAUAGUAAAGUACAUAUAGCAAAUGAUCUUGUGUUUGUUUAACCAGAGAAGUAGACUAGAAAGGCAACUCUUAGAGCUGCUUAAUAUGUGCUUGUGCAAUGUUUAAGAAUACUUGUCUGCUAAACCUUUUUAAAUGACUUCUAGUUGUCUCUGCAAGCUUGUGAGACCGAAGUGCCUUGAUCAAACAAAUGAUUUAACCUUAGAAGGUAAAGCAGAAAGCAGGUGAAACACCAAUGUGUGGUUGCUGUUCAAGGUAGAGAACAGUAGCAGUGCAGCACUUGAACAGGUAGUUUUUUACUGCUGUUUCUCACAGGACCAAAAACUUCUAGUUACAUUGCGAGUUCUCUCAUUUUUCGUAACUACUUCAUAAAGAGUGCCUCAAUAAAGCCGUUGGGGUACUUUUUUGUUCUGACUUUUUUCAUUUAGCUUAGGAAGGCAGGGAGGGGUACCAUCUUGAAAGCAGGCUGUAGCCAAGUAUGCUUUAGCUUAAUUUUUUGAACAGUCUUGUAAACAACUUCAGUAGCAAAUAGGCAAAUAAUUCGGUGUCUUCUGUUGUGGUUUUUUUCAUUAAAGGCUUCCUGAGUAGCUAGCCAAAGUAGCUAAACUUGAAAGUAAACCCAGGCUUUUUCACUAACUGUGGCUUGAUGUAGCUUACAAACAAGGCAUCUCUCACCCAAGACUGACUGUUUGGAAGGCUUUUUAAAAACUAGUAUGAUGCCAGUGUUAAGUGUGUUAAACUUAAUGCAGGCUUACUACUGGACUAUCACUAGAAAGAAGGAAGCCUUUUGCUUAGGAGUUUGUAAUUACUGUCAUCUCAAAUAGCUGUUUUUAAAGCCAACCUAAGCUAUACCCAUUGCUGAAGUAAACCAUUGCCUAGAGUGACGCUGUUUGCUUUGCAUAUGGAAUAGCUUGGACUCAUGUAUCUGUCUCGUGUGGUCCCAUGGCUGAUCUUUAGAAGCUGUUCCUGUGUAUCAGCUCAUGUGGAAGAAGUGGUCAGAUGCUCAGGAGGAGUGCUCACAAGCUUGAAACAGACUUGUGUUUUACUAGUCUUUGAAUGCCUUGGCUGCUGAAUGUCAGGCUGGGUGCAUCUACUGGAAAAGGAAGUGCAAGAAGGCUUUAAUGGAUUCCUACUGAGCUAUGGAGAAUUCAAGGUUCCCGCCAUAAAUAUCGUGCUUUUGCUAAUGUAACCUGUUGUUGAGGUCUCUAAGAAAGCUUUAUGUUGAAUGGCUGCUUUCUGAACAGCUCACUGCCUGGAUUUAAGCUUUGCAGGAUUGCUGUACUCCCUGCCUGGAUCUCAAGUUGCUCUUGCAUAUUAGAAAUAUUGAUGCUUUGUAGCCUGGAUGUUAAGCUCUUGAAUAGUUAAACUGUACCCUGAUGCUGCACACUACCUACUGCAUUUGCUUGACUGUGUAAGGGAUUGCUGGGAAACUGUUGAUAUAGUUGCUUUCAAGACAGCCCUGACUUGGAAGGUAAAGCUGGAAUACUCAGUAGCUUUUCAUCAAUGUGUUGCAAGUAGUCCACCCCUGUCUGUUUCAAGUUGUCCUAGCAGCCUGAUGUUGCAUGUAGCAGUGGCUUAAUUUGGCGUAUGCUAGCUGGUUUGAGUUCAGGUUUAUGGUGGCCCCCGUAGCAAGGAGUAACAUGAGAUAAGCGCUGGGUAAAAGUUAAGUGAUGACCCUAGGCCACGUAUAGGCCACCUGCUUGAUUCUGUCUCCCUUUGGUACUUAAUGAUGCCUCUGCAAACCUGCUCUAUCCUUUCUUACUCACUUGUGUGUCAAGCAAAGGUUAGAGAAAGACUACUAUACCUCAGACUAUUACCCUAACACAUUCCCUCUGAGCAGUGCCAUCAAAACAAAGCUACAGUAACACUAGACUGCAAGUCUUAUGUCAGUGCAUAAUUCCUCAGGAGUAGGCUUCUAGUAAACUAGACUGUGUGGUUUAAAAUAGCUGUUUUCUUCCUGUAGCUUAAGCUCUGCUGGGCUGAGCCAGCCUGAGGUUAAGCAUCUGUUGUCAACAUUUAUUGCCAAGUCCCCCUCGACUUACAGUUUAUUGGUGUGACUUCUUCAUUGUAAGGUAGAUUUUUUUUUUUUUUUUUUUGAUUUUAUAAAGAUGCUACCAAGGAGACCUAGUAUUAGACUGGAUUUUAGUCACUUUGAUAAAAUCUGUAUGCUGAUCCAUGGUCACUCGGAAAAGUUGUAAGGCAAAGCAUGCUUCGUGCUUCCUCAGCUCAAUAUUUAAUUGUUGCUGUGUUUGUCUUCAGCUAGUUCAAUCACUAAGCUGGAGGUUGAAGACUACUGCUUGAUUUUGAGUAACCAUUUUUCAAAAGAUCCUCACCCUUUAACAUUCAUAAUCUUGUCUACAAAGCAGUAGGUAAUAUUUAAAUCUAGUUCAAAUACCUAAAGCUUUUUAUUGAAACUUGAAGACCUGUAUUUCAGGAUUGAGUUCUGGGGUUAAGCAUUUGGUAUGUUUUGUGCCUAGGCUUUGUGGGUUUCUGAUCACUACAGUAAGUACUAAUGUUGGUAGUGAACUCUGCUUAUUACUAUAUGAGUGUUUGGGAAAAGACCUCUUAGGAGAGAACUUGGACAAAUUGCUUCAAUUCUAAGUUGUCGGUGUAGUGAUGGUAUUGUUCACUGUCCCUCUCACUCAAUUCCUUCAGUCAGGAUGCCAUAAUUGUUAGGCACGCUGAUAAGCAAUAAGUUGACCAUAGUCACUGGCAACUUGGUCUAAUUUAGGCAUUGGGAGAGCCAAAUGGAUAGUAAUACUUCUAGCCUUUGCAUCUAAGUCUUACUCAACCGUUUGUUAAUUGUGGUGAAGUGUAUUUCAUAUAUGUUCUUUAAUUUCAAUUAAACUAGCUAUGAGGUGGGAUCCUGGGCUAUAGUUAUAGAAGCUUUGGAGGGAAUGGUUGGAGCACUCGUUUUUUCUCAGUCAUAUUGAAGAGAAGGCCACUCACUGAAGUGUCUGGAUUGGGCUUGUCUUUCUGAUUAAAAUUGCACUUGUUGAAAUUUAGAAGGCCAUUUUUGCUAUGUUUGUCUCUUGUAUUAUUUUUCACUAUUAAAAGAAGUCAGCUCUUGGAAAAUCUGUCUCAUACCUCUGGAAGAAGUGAGUCUUUUUGUGCGAAUAAACUUAUGCUAAACAUU